AUGGGCGUCGCACGAGAAACGAAGAGAAGGCGUCUGUCGCCCUCUGAUGAUGACAAUUCGUCAACCGUACCAAAAUCAUCCAAAACCAAAACCAACGGAUCGUCCUCCAACAUCCAAAAUGCAUUCUACAGUCGAGCAGCAGAAUGGGACCUAGAACAGGAUUACGAGCGUCGACCACGAAAAGGAAAGAACAAGAAAGAGAAAGAAAAAACUCGUUUACCUAUCAAGACUGCCGAGGGUCUUGUUCACGUCGAUGAACCUGAAGAAGCUGCCGCGAGUGAUUCGGAUAGCUUUCUUGAUUCGGACUCGGAAGGUGAAAAUGGAAAGGACGAAACUCCAGGAGCUGACGCUGAGGAGAAAGAAGAUGAGUCCGCGCCAAAGGUUCCCUUGAAAGUCCAGAUUGUCCAAGCAAAAGAAGAAAUGGCCAGAAUUGCGACAUUGAUCAAUGAAGAUCCCGAGGAGCAUAUUGGAUUGUUUAAGAAAUUAGCAGACUUUGUGGACAAGAGCAAAUCACAUGUGGCUAUCAAGAAGCUUGCACUCGCUACGCAAGCUGCAGUUUUCAGAGAUGUUAUUCCUGGGUACAGGAUUCGUCCUAUUGGCGAGGAGGUCAACAAAAACGAAAAGCUGUCGAAAGAAGUCCGAAAGUUGCGCGGUUACGAACAGUCGUUGCUAUCGUCUUACAAGCAUUACGUCCAACAAUUGACCAACCUAUCGAAAGGUGGCAGUAAGGGCAAUGAAGAGGCUAAUAGCAUACGAACCGUCGCAAUCAAUUGCGCCUGCAACAUGCUUCUAUCCGUACCUCAUUUCAACUUCCGGACUGAACUCUUGAAAAUUCUUGUCAAUCGACUUUCUAGACGCCGGAUUGAUGCACACUUUAUCAAAAGUCGUGAAACGAUGGAAGAUAUCUUUGCAAAAGACGACGAUGGAGUCGUCUCCCUUGAAGCAGUUGGUCUGUUAUCAAAAAUGAUGAGAGCAAAGGACUUUAAUGUCCAUGAAUCAGUUCUUAACACAUUCCUACACCUCCGUUUAUUAGCCGAGUUCUCAUCCAAGGGUUCCCGGGAUCGGGUUGAUCGCAACGACGACGACCAGGAAGGCACAUUGCAAGGCAGGAAGAAGAACAAAAAGGAGUUUCGUACCAAAAAGGAACGUAAACUACUUCGGGACCGCAAAGCUGUUGAGAAGGACAUGCGUGAAGCCGAUGCGUUGGUGAGCCAUGAAGCGCGCGAAAAGAAUCAAGCCGAGACACUGAAACUGGUUUUUGGCACUUACUUUCGCAUUCUCAAGUUGCGAACAGAGACAAAACUCAUGGGAGCUGUACUGGAAGGAUUGGCCAAAUACGCGCAUCUGAUUAAUCAGGACUUCUUUGGGGAUAUCCUUGAAGCUUUGAAGGAGCUUGUUGAGCAGCUUGCUAUUCAAGACGGAACCGCAGGACGGGAUGAAAAUGCAGAUGAUGAAAAUAAUGACAAUGAUGACGAGGAUGACGAUGAAGAAGAGGGAUUGAUCACUUUGAGACAAUCAACGCGUCAGGUCUUGCUUUGCACAAUCACUGCCUUUGCACUCCUCGAAGGUCAAGACGUCAGCAAAUCCGCUUCAUCCCUCCAUCUCGAUCUAGGAUUCUUCAUCACCCAUCUCUAUCGCGCUUUGUAUCCACUUGCCCUCAACUCCGAUAUCGAAUACAAUCCCGAAAAAUCCCUCCGUCUUCCUGAUCCCGGCACCUCCAACGACAAUGAAUUAUAUAACGACCAAAACAACAAACGAAGAACAAAAAUCAACUUCCAAACCCCCAUGGUCCUCCUCCUCCGCUGCCUCCAAUCAACCCUCCUGGCCCGCACCCACGGCAUCGCACCCCCCGUUCGCCUCGCAGGCUUCACAAAACGCCUAAUGACGACCUCCCUGCAACUCCCCGAAAAGUCAUCUAUAGCAAUGUUAGCCCUCCUCACCAAAGUGGCGAAACAACAUGCACGCAAAAUUGCGCCCCUGUGGAAUACGGAGGAGCGAAAGGGGGAUGGCAUGUUUAAUCCUUUUGCGGCUGAUGUUGAGAAGAGUAACGUCUUUGCGGGCACGGUUUGGGAAGGGGAGUUGUUGAGGAUUCAUUAUUGUCCAGAGGUAAGAGAAGCAGCGUUGGGGAUUGAAAAGUUGAUUGCUUCUGGAUAG